UCUCGUUCCCUACCAGAGUAUAGAACACAGAAAAAAGUGCAAUUGAUGGGGUGUUGUUGCUCCAAAGAGCGACUUCAUCUUCAAGAUCCAGCACUUCUUGCUUCCCAAACCUAUUUUAAAAUUUCUGAAAUUGAAGCAUUGCAUGUUCUGUUCAAGAAAUUAAGCAGCUCGAUGGUGGACGACGGGGUUAUCAGCAAAGAAGAGUUUCAGCUUGGAAUACUUGGAAGCAGCAAGGAACGAAGCUUAUUUACUGACAGGUUAUUUCAAUUAUUUGACUCCAAAAGAGAUGGGGUGAUAGAAUUUGGAGAGUUCAUUCGAGGUCUAAGUGUCUUCCACCCAGCAGCACCACAAGCACAAAAAGCAGAUUUUGCAUUUCGACUCUAUGAUAUAUGUCAAAAAGGCUUUAUUGAACGCGAGGAGGUAAAAGAGAUGAUAUGUGCACUACUGAGUGAGUCAGAUCUGGUUCUGUCUAAUGACAUAAUUGAAGUCGUACUUGAUAAGACCUUCGAAGAAGCAGACUUAAAAGGAGAUGGAAGGAUUGAUCCAGAGGAGUGGCAAGAAUUUGUUGGUCGAAAGCCAUCCUUAUUGAGGAAUAUGACUAUUCCUUAUCUGAAGGAUCUUAAUACACAGUUUCCUAGCUUUAAACAAACAUCAGGCAUUGAAGACUAUACAAGCAGCUCCUCCCCUGAGAAAAACAGCAGUAGCUCCUUAGAAGGAGAAUCUCCACAGUGUGAACAUCAAUAUUACGCAACUAAAAGAGAUAAUCUUUGAAUAAUACAUAUACUAUUCCUCUUAUUUGCAAUUUAAGCCUCAAUUUCUUUCAAAUGUUGCCCUAAGCAGAUACAUAUAUAACACACUGUCUUCUAAUGUGAGUUUAGAAGUUGUUCUGUACUUGCAGCCUGGGCUACAAGCUACAUGGGUUCCCCGAUCAACCAACCAAAAGGAAUGACACUUUUGUCGAUUUUUGGUAGACAAAAACACCUAGUCAUGCAAUGUUAGCUGUUGCUUUCUGCACCCUGUCAUAUUUCUUCCAACACCAUAUCACUCCGGAAUCUGGAAAUAUUUUUCUGAAAACAAUCACUCCUUUUAUUAAGAAAAAAAAUUCUUCCUGAAGCUUUUUGAUGAGGUGGACGAAGAAAUUUGAUGCAUGUAAGAAGAUUCUUGCUUUUAGGAAAGUCCAAAUUGAAUCUUCUCCAAGUAUUUUUCAUUUUAA